UCUUCAUCCAAGAUGGGUUCUACGGAUGUGGGCCUCCGGUGCCUUUUUCGCAGAUUACUGCUCCUUUGCAUCUUCAUCUCCGUUUCUAAUGCCUUGAGAUUCGACCUUAUUGCCAACACACAUAGCGGGAAGCACGAGCGAUGUGUACGCAACUUCGUCAAUCGGGACCAGCUUGUCGUUGUGACGGCCAUUGUUAGCGGGCAGAAGGGGGAUGGACAGGUUGUGAAUAUGCAUAUUAAAGAUUCCGUGGGGAAUGAGUACGGUCGUCCGAAAGAUGUAGUGGGCGAAACUAGACAGGCUUUCACGGCCUCCGCCGACGCCUCUUUCGAUGUGUGCUUUUCGAAUAUCCUCGUUGGCCGAUCAUCCGGAGCUCUUCCCCACCGCAGUGUUGAGCUAGAUAUCGAUAUUGGCGCUGAUGCCCGGGACUGGGACGCCAUCAAGGUCCAAGAGAAGCUGAAACCCGUCGAAGCCGACCUGCGCCGUAUCGAAGCCAUGGUUGGCGAGGUUGUUACGGAGAUGGAUUAUAUGCGUCUGCGGGAGCAGAAGCUGAGAGACACAAAUGAGAGUACGAAUGAGCGCGUCAAAUGGUUCGCGUUUGGAACAAUGGGUAUGUUGCUGGGGUUGGGCGCUUGGCAGGUCGUCUAUUUGAGAGCGUACUUUAGAUCGAAGCACCUUAUCUGAGUUCGUCGAUUUGCUCUUUUGCUUUUGGUGUUUAUACCCUUUACCAGCAAUGGGAAUACAUAUAAAAGGUUUACACUCUGGCGAGAGGGGGAUGGUUUCCUGAACAUGUUUCUUUGUCUUUGCGUCUCAUGGCUACGGUAACAGGCGAUGAAAUUCAUGGUUGUGCUCCCGUAUGUUGGAAUACAUAUUAAUAUAACGAUGAUAUGCCUUGACAUAAACUUCUUUUCUCCCAAAUCUGGACG